GCGGACAGCGCCCCGGCUGCCCGAGGAGGGGACGCGCUCGAGCGCCUGAAGACCCCGGGGCGGCCUCGCGUCCCUCGAAGCCUGCGGCCCCCACGCGCCCCGCUGCAGGCGGGUGCGCCCCGGGAUCGGCGGCCGCAGGCGGGGCCGGGCGGCCGCUAACGUCCCCCUGUCCCCUGUCUCGGCCCCCCUCCCCGCCUCCGCCUCGCAGGCCAUGGCAGCGCCCGGCAGCGGGUCGGAGCCGCCGCCCCCCGAGUACGGCUGCGGCUACGUGGUGUCGCGGCCGGUGUACAGCGAGCUCGCCUUCCAGCAGCGCUGCGAGCGGCGCCUGCAGGAGCGCAGGACGCUGCGCGAGGGCCUGGCCACGGGCUGCAGUUGUUCAAGGAAGAGAGGCCUGGCCGUGCUGAAGACUCUCCUGCCCAUCCUGGACUGGCUCCCCAAGUACCGGAUCAAGGAAUGGCUCCUCAGUGACAUCAUCUCGGGAGUCAGUACUGGGCUAGUGGGCACUCUGCAGGGCAUGGCGUACGCUCUCCUGGCUGCUGUUCCCGUUGGAUAUGGUCUCUACUCUGCUUUUUUCCCUAUCCUAACGUAUUUUAUCUUUGGAACAUCAAGACACAUCUCAGUUGGGCCUUUCCCGGUGGUCAGUUUAAUGGUGGGAUCUGUUGUUCUGAGCAUGGCCCCUGACGAGCACUUUCACAUAUCAAGCAGUAAUGGCACUGCAUUCAAUGCCACCACGCUAGACUAUGAGGCUAGAGAUGCAACAAGAGUAUUGAUCGCAAGCACCCUUACUCUUUUGGUUGGCAUCAUACAGUUGAUAUUUGGAGCUUUGCAGAUCGGAUUCAUAGUGAGGUACUUGGCAGAUCCUUUGGUUGGCGGAUUCACAACAGCUGCUGCCUUCCAAGUGCUCGUCUCACAGCUGAAGAUCGUUCUCAACGUUUCCACCAAAAACUAUAAUGGAGUUCUCUCCAUUAUCUAUACUCUGAUUGAGAUUUUUCAAAAUAUUGGCAACACCAAUCUUGCUGAUUUCAUUGCUGGAUUGCUCACCAUUAUCAUCUGUAUGGCAGUUAAGGAAGUAAAUGAUCGAUUUAAGCACAAAAUUCCAGUCCCUAUUCCUAUAGAAGUAAUUGUGACAAUAAUUGCUACAGCCAUUUCAUAUGGAGCCAACCUGGAAAAAAGUUACAAUGCUGGCAUUGUUAAAUCCAUCCCAAGGGGGUUUUUGCCUCCUGUACUUCCCCCUGUGAGCUUGUUUUCGGAGAUGCUGACUGCCUCAUUUUCCAUCGCCGUCGUGGCCUAUGCUAUUGCAGUGUCUGUAGGAAAAGUAUACGCCAUCAAGUAUGAUUACACCAUCGAUGGGAACCAGGAAUUCAUCGCCUUCGGGAUCAGCAACAUCUUCUCCGGACUCUUCUCCUGCUUUGUGGCCACCACGGCCCUGUCCCGCACUGCCGUCCAGGAGAGCACGGGCGGAAAGACCCAGGUGGCCGGCAUCAUCUCGGCUGGGAUUGUGAUGGUCGCCAUCGUUGCCCUGGGGAAGUUGCUGGAGCCCCUGCAGAAGUCGGUCUUGGCAGCUGUUGUAAUUGCCAACCUGAAAGGGAUGUUUAUGCAGGUGUGUGAUGUUCCUCGUCUGUGGACACAGAAUAAGAUCGAUGCCGUUAUCUGGGUGUUUACGUGCAUAGCGUCCAUCAUUCUGGGGCUGGACCUCGGUUUACUAGCUGGCCUCAUGUUUGGAUUACUGACUGUGGUCCUGCGAGUUCAAUUUCCCUCGUGGAACAGCCUUGGAAGUGUCCCUAGCACAGACAUUUACAAAAGUACCAAGGAUUACAAAAAUAUUGAAGAACCUGAAGGAGUGAAGAUUCUUAAAUUUUCUAGUCCUAUUUUUUAUGGCAACGUUGAUGGUUUUAAAAAAUGCAUCAAGUCCACAGUUGGAUUUGACGCCAUUAGAGUGUAUAAUAAGAGACUGAAAGCAUUGAGGACAAUACAGAAACUCAUCAAAAAAGGACAAUUAAGGGCAACUAAGAAUGGCAUUAUAAGGGAUGCUGGUUCAUCAAAUGAUGCUUUCGAGCCUGAUGAAGAUGUCGAAGAUCCAGAAGACCUUGAUAUCCCAACCAAGGAAAUAGAGAUUCAGGUGGAUUGGAACUCUGAGCUUCCAGUCAAAGUGAAUGUUCCCAAAGUGCCAAUCCAUAGCCUCGUGCUUGAUUGUGGAGCCGUGUCUUUCUUGGAUGUUGUUGGAGUGAGAUCAUUGCGCAUGAUUGUCAAAGAAUUUCAAAGAAUUGAUGUAAAUGUGUACUUUGCAUCGCUUCAAGAUCAUGUGAUAGAAAAACUGGAGAAAUGUGGUUUCUUUAACGAUAACAUUAGAAAGGACAUAUUCUUUUUGACCGUCCACGAUGCUGUGCUCCAUCUACAGAACCAGGUUAAAUCCCAAGAGGUUCAAGAUUCCAUUUUGGAAACGGCUAUGCGUAGCCUCGCUUCCUGAAAGCGGGCUCAGGAGGGUGCUAGAAGCCAGGACGGCCAGGCAGAAUUUACCCACCAGUGUAAUUCUAUGCAAACAUCUCCUAAAUGGACUGUUUCUUUGGACUUGAAACACUCGUUCACCUUCCAUUCGAUUUUUAAAAAUAAAUCUUUUGAUUUUUUUUUUUUUUUUUUACCUCUUGGCCAAUGAAAGAGAACCACUAAGCUUUUUUUUUUAAGGCCUUAUUUAUAAAAUAAAUAGCUUACCUCUACAAUGUGCAAAACGGCGAGAAUUAUCCAGGUGAUUUCGCAAUCAGUGUCCAGGAUCUGCUGAUGUUAUGCUGCUCCUCCGUAUCAGCUUUGCUAACAGUGCUCUCGUGCGUGUGGGAUUCCCUCUGCUUAGUCGGGGUAAGUGUGCGCCCGCAGGCUCUGUGGGCAGGUAGGUCGGGAAGGAUCAUCAUAAGAAAAACCCAUUUCUGACUGACGUCGCUUCCCAUGAGCUGCAUGGGUCACAGUGGGUACUGGCACUGAAUAAAUGAAGAAGUUCAAUUAUUAAUGCAUUUAUCAGUAAAAGUCUUCACAAGUCACUUUCAGUAAGCACAUCAGCAAAGUUUUUAAAAUGCAGACUUAGUACUCAAUAACCAGUGUUACUCUCCCUGACCAGAAUUCAAAACAAACCAAAAAAAAAAAAAAAAAAAAAAAAAAAAAAGGUUCACUUAAAAGGCACAGAACCAGCUUGAUCUAUGUUAGAAACACUGAUUCAGAAAAAUGAAGUAAGAAGACUAACAUGGUUUGCAUACGUCAUUUUUGCUGGGAUAAUGAUGAUGGAUCACAAUUAAGAUAAAAUACAAUAUAUGACAUGAUCUUGAGCUUCACAAGUUAGCUUUAACUUGCCUUAGUUUAUAGAAAUGAUCACUGUGUACAGGUCUAGAGAGGUAUGUUCUACUUAAAAUUGAAUGCAAAAAUUGUGUUAUUUUGAACAAAAGAAUUUUGAGACGCUUGUAAGACUGAGUUUGUUUUUUCUCUACAAUUUUAGCAAUAUGUAAAGUAAGUGAUCUUUAACAGAAUUCUGACCACCUUUCCAAAAACAAACAAAUGAAAAAUAAAAAGU